UUUUUCCUAGGAACAAAUCCGUAGUUUCUCAAGGCCCACUUGUACGGCCCAAAUUACAAGCCCGGUACAAUCCAACAAGUGCAGCCUACCCAAAACCGCACGCGUCAAUGGCGGAGCGUGGGAAGAGGGAAAAAAGAAAUACUCUCCGCAUAUUUUCGACAAAGCGCACACACCCCAUAACUCACCGUUUUACUAAUACCACUCUUUCAGUCUUUCUCCUUCCUUCCCUAAAAUUUCCCCCCUUCUACCACCCUCUCCGCCACGGCCGCCGCCGCCGCUCUUCCGCCAUCGCUAGGUUAAGCUUUUGCUAUUGCUUCUUCGCCGUAUUACUUCCGCCACACAUGGGCGAACAAACCCAAUCCCAGCCUCACUCGGAGGCCCAGCCCCAACCGGAUUCCCCUUCCGCCGCCGCCGCUCCCGACUCCAUCACCACAAUCGAGACCGCCACCGUCUCUUCCGUCACUCUCCUGCCAACCGAACUCACCGCCGUCCCUCCUCCGCCUCCUCACUCCACCCUAUCCCCUCUGGCCAAAAUCCCCUCCCGCCCCCGAAAAAUCCGCAAGCUCUCUCCGGACGGAGCCACUCCGACCGCCGCCGCUGCCGAGGAAGUUCAUAGCGCCACCGCUGCCACCCCGGCCGCUAGAACCGCCGCUGCGAAAUCAUCGAGAACAACCAAGGCUGCGAAUCAGCAGCGCGCCCUAGUGGUCGGGCCGAGGGUAAUCGCCAGAUCCUUAUCCUGCGAAGGAGAGGUCGACAUCGCGGUUCGCCACCUCCGUCAGUCGGAUCCUCUUUUGAGUUCGCUAAUCGAUCGCUACCCGCCCCCAACCUUCGACACCUUCCACACGCCGUUCCUCGCCUUGACCCGGAGCAUCGUCUACCAGCAACUCGCUUUCAAGGCCGGGACCUCGAUCUACACCCGCUUCAUCUCCCUCUUCGGGGGCGAAUCCAACGUCUGCCCUGAAACCGUCCUCGCCCAAUCCGAGAUACAGCUCCGUCAAAUUGGGAUCUCGGGGAGGAAAGCCAGCUACCUCUACGACCUCUCGAGGAAGUAUCAGAAUGGGAUUUUAUCAGAUUCCUCGAUUGUGGCCAUGGACGAUAAGUCGCUGUUCACGAUGCUGACCAUGGUGAGUGGGAUAGGUUCGUGGUCUGUCCACAUGUUCAUGAUCUUCUCGCUUCAUCGGCCGGAUGUUCUGCCGAUUAACGACUUGGGGAUCAGGAAAGGAGUGCAGAUGCUGUACAAUUUGGAGGAUUUGCCCCGGCCGUCGCAGAUGGACCAGUUGUGCGAGAAAUGGAGGCCUUAUAGGUCUGUGGCCUCGUGGUACCUGUGGAGAUUUGUGGAAGCGAGGGGAACUCCUUCUAGUGCCGUUGCAGUGGGAACUGGUGGUGUUGGAUUGGGGCAGCAACAAGAGGAACAUCAGCAGCAGCAGCAGGAAGUCCAGCAUCAUCACCAUCAACAGCAGCAGCAGCAGCAGCAGGAAGACCAACAUCAUCACCAUCAGCAGCAGCCGCAGCUUCUGGACCCCAUUAGCGUUUACAAUCUCGGUGGAUCAGUGAAGAAUCUAACCCAAGACGUAGAUGCUAAUUGGAUGGAGAUAAUCGUCGUCAACGAUCAGACUGAAAAUGCUUCGUGGUGAAAGGUAGGAAAAAUUUUGUGCUGGGAACCACUCUGAUAUACUUGUGAUGUCCUAGUUAGUGUCAAAUUUAUCAUUUGGGGCAGCAGAAGAAGUUGUAAAGCUUUAGAGAGAGGGAAGUAAAAGAAGGAAAGAAAUAUGAUAUUGAGAAGGAAGAAGUUAAGACUGGAAGUAGGAAGUGAAGAGACUAGGAACACUCAAAAGGGGAUAAUAGGAUUGGGAAAAGUGCAUAAUAUCGAAAUUCAAUCAGAUAUUAGGCUAGCAGGAUAUGAUCUCCAGCAGUUUUUAGUGUCGGACUGUCUGAAAGAUUUUAUCUUUCUUCUCAUAUUGAUUAGUUGAUGCUUUGUGAUCAACUUAGAUUCAGCAAUCAAAACGGUCCUGUUUGGUUUCCGUUAUACAUGCCAUUCUUUUGUUUCUCCAGUUUCCAUUCUUCAUCUUUUAUUCUAAAGUAUUAGAAACUUUAAUGGUCUGUUGAUCAUGCAACUGAAUCUUCCAAGCUUUACUGUUGGGUGUUUGAAUCUUCCAUUCGUUUCCCUUUUGAUUAGACUUAGAGCAGCCUUUUUGAAGUAGAACUUCACUGGAACAUGAUAAGAUGAUUUCAUUAGCGUCUCAGUGAUGAUUCAUGGUCAAAUGACAGGUACCUUGGAUGACUGAACCUCCUCCGUCUGGCGGCAAGAUAAAGCACACUCCCAGUUCAGAUACUUUUGGAAGACUUAAACAGUUGAAGAUAAGACUUUGAAGUGGUGGUGUAGCUGUUUGUUGAAGUUACACCGUCGGGCGAGCUGCAUGGGUAAGCAAAGCUUUUGUUUGAUGGAAGCUCUCUAAUCUAUUAUGUGUAUAAAUCCUUAGAGAGGGCUUGGAUUAGUAGACACUUCCAAAGAGCCUCCCCACUGGUUUGUUUUUUUCAUCUCUGGUUGUGGGUCUUUAGCUCUUUGCUCUGGGAAUUAGACUCUUUAGCCUAUGUAUGCGGUAUGAACCUGUUGUAAAAUCCCAUGAAGGAGGUGCUGUAGCUCUUUGUUCUAGUCAUUGUUUGCUUAUUUAUUGCUCGUGAUUCUCGAUUAAUGAAAUCGACCGGUAAUUAAUGGAGAUAUGCGGCUCAUUGCAUCUGAAUCGAAUUUCAAGGUGUUGGAUCUACAUUUGUUAGAGGCUAACUGGGUUGUUGCCUGGAAUUCAAACUCCGGCGGAAUCUAAAUCACCUGUUGCUGUGUCGAAUAGACCAUGGCAGUAGAUCCAGGUGAUGAGCCCUGGACUUACUGCAAUUGCAAUUUCUACAGCACUAUAAAGGUUCAACUCGAUCAUGGUGCUCUGUUUAAUCAGUGCGAACACUUCGAAAUCGUUCGUUCUGAUACGAAUCGUUCACACACGAUCCAAUAACUUUGAAUGCUUGUAAGCACGUCCUCACUCCCCGAUAACAAAAUUGAUAAAGCUUUAUCAACAAUUGAAUGAACAGUCAAUAAGUAAAGCUUUCCCGGUUUAGUGGGUAGGGCAACUCUGGUAUUGGCUAUUGGGCUUUGUCUAUGUUUAAUCAGCUGGUUUGGGCUAGAAAUCAAAUUAGCUCAUGCCUGAUGAAUUCCGAAGCUCAGGCUCGCACUAAUGCAGAAAUUCAUCAACGAUAGAGUAUUUUGUGUUGAAACUUUCGUUUAAUCAUUGUUCAAUUGUUUCAUACGGUUAAAAAUUGCUCAGCCAUUUAAACUCCAUUACUAGAUUUGUCUAGGGUCUAACUGAGGGUUCUAUUUUAUAAACAUGACUUAUAAGU